AUGGGCAAUUUACCAGGGACCAAGUCCCUGAAGAAAAAUGAUUCCCCCCACCAGUUCAAGUAUUAAUUUCCACAGAAACGUGCAGUUACCAUGGAACAUCACUGUGGUCUAAUCACUGGUGACAAGGAGCCAGUGCCACUGAAGAGCAUUUCAGUAACCUUGUUUAUUAAUGACUUUGUGGCUGGUGUGUCUACUACCUUAAAUUAUGAGAAUAAGGAAGAAAUCCCAGUAGAGGCAGUCUUUGUGUUCCCCAUGGAUGAAGACUCUGGUGUCUACAGCUUUGAAGCAUUGGUGGAUGGAAAGAAAAUUGUAGCAGAAUUGCAGGAGAAGAAGAAGGCCCAUAGCAACUAUGAGGAUGCCCUCUCCCAGGGCCACCAAGCUUACUUACUGGAAGUGGAUAACUACUCCAGGGAUGUCUUUUCUUGCAAUGUUGGGAACCUCCAGCCUGGGGCUAAGGUCGGAGUUACCUUGAGGUAUGUGCAGGAAUUGCCUCUGGAAACAGAUGGUGCCUUGCGGUAUGUGCUCCCAGCAAUCUUGAAUCCAAGAUACCAGCUCUCUGAACUGUCAGCGAACAGUUGUUUGAAUAUAAAGACUCCCAUAGUCCCUUUGGAGGACCUGCCCUACACACUCAGCAUGGUUGCCACCAUCACUUCCCAACAUGGUAUUGAGAGGGUUCAAUCCAACUGCUCCUUGAGUCCUAUUCAGUACCUUACUAGUGACAAGACUUCUGCUCAGGUUUCCUUGGCUGAAGGACAAAAGUUUGACGGGGAUGUGGAACUCCUGAUUUACUACAGUGAAGUGCACAGGCCCAGUGUAGCUGUGGAGAUGGGGAUGCAGAACAUGAAGCCAGACAGUUUGAUGGGCGCCCCUUCUGCAAUGGUGAGUUUCUAUCCAGAUAUCCCAGAAGUGGAAGCCUCAAAGGCUUGUGGAGAAUUUGUGUUCCUCAUGGACCGCUCUGGGAGUAUGGAUUCCCCCAUGAACAACCAGAAGGAUUCUCAGCUACGCAUAGAAGCUGCCAAGGAAACUCUGUUGUUGUUGCUGAAGAGUUUGCCUAUGGGUUGUUAUUUCAACAUCUAUGGAUUUGGAACUUCCUAUGAAAAAUUCUUUUCGGAGAGUGUGAAAUACACUCAGGAAACAAUGGAGGAGGCAAUGGAAAAAGUGAAGGUUCUGGAAGCAGACCUAGGGGGCACUGAAAUCUUGAAACCACUCCGGCAGAUUUACAAGGCACACUCCAUUCCUUGCCAUCCUUUGCAACUCUUUGUCUUCACAGAUGGAGAAGUUAGUGACACAUUUACAGUCAUUAAUGAAGUUCAGUUAAACAGCAAGAAACACAGAUGUUUCGCAUUUGGAAUUGGAGAAGGAGCCUCCACCAGUUUAAUCAAAGGCAUUGCCCGGGUUUCAGGGGGUACUGCAGAGUUUAUCACAGGCAAGGACAGGAUCCAGACCAAGGCUCUUGGGUCUCUGAAGUUUGCUCUAAACUGUUCGGUGGAUGACUUCUCUCUGAGCUGGGAUUUGCCUCCUGGUCUGUCAGCUAGCAUGCUUUCUCCAGAGCAGACUGUCAUCUUUAGGAGUCAGAGAUUAAUCAUCUAUGCCCAACUCACUGGAACUAUGCCUCAAGUGGAGACCUCUGGAGAAGUGUGCCUUAAAUAUACACUCCAAGGCAUGAGUCUUGAAAACAGGGUGACAUUUUCCCUGCAACCCAAGACCGAUACCAGCUUCACCAUUCAUCGGUUGGCUGCAAAGACCUUGAUUCAGACCAAGGACUUGGGCUCCCAUGAGACUUCAAAAAGAGCAAAAGAUGAUGUGUUGGACAUCAGCAUUCAGUCUGGAGUCCUCAGCUCCUUCACAGCUUACAUUGCAGUAAACAAGGAGCUCAACCAGCCAGUGCAGGGGCCAUUGACUCGUAGGGAGAUUCCAAGGCCAGUUACCUCUACAUCACCAUGUGCAUAUAAAGUUAAAACUUAUACUGAAUUUUAUGAAUUCCAAUCUUCAAGACCUAGUAGGGGAAAUAUAGCAUCCACCAGAAAGAUGAAAAUGUCACAUUCUUCCACCAAGAAACCCAACUUGCAAAAUGACCACAAAGGUUUUGGAGAGAAUUACUUUGUGCAGCUUGUUUCUCUCCAAAAGGCAAAUGGCUCCUGGGAGCUGCAUGAGAAUCUGGCCAAGAUCCUGGGCAUUAAUUUGGAAGACAUCAUGGCUGCAAACCCUGCCAAGGAUGAGGACCCCUCAGCCUGGGCCACAGUACUGGCUGUGCUCUGGCUGCAUGCCAAUGGGAAAGACUUGAAGUGUGAGUGGGAGCUUCUGGAAAGGAAGGCAAUGGCCUGGCUUCAUGACCAUGCAGGCUCCUCUAUCUCCAUGCUUGUUCAAGCUGCCAAUAAACUCCUGAAAUUAUCUGUGACACCUACUGUCUUUGGUCCCUGA